CUCUAAAAACAGCCCCUCUUGUUUUUGCAGCCCGUACCUCAUGCCAUUUCUAAAACAUCUCACAUCCAUUAUGCUGAUGUCAAAGAUACACUUCAAUGGUCCCAAGUUAAGAAGUAAAAGUUUUAAAAAGUGUGUCAGUGGGUUACGUUGUUGCCACUUGCCAACUCUCGGAUAGCGGAAGGAGGAGCGCUUGCUGAAAUGGGUCACAUGGUAUCGUAACGAGCGCCGUCGCUUCACUGAGGUUAUUACAAUCCUUGCAUUGGUCAGUGGAGUUGCAUCGCCGCUCUCUUCCACAGACUUGACACAGAAAUUGUAGCGAGUGUUCCAUUGGUGUGCAGUAGGUUUUUAAUAGCCAUUGCAAUAGACGAUACCUGUCUUUAAGUUUCCUUUGUUCCCGGUGUUAUUGAGGAUAGAAAGUGUUUUACUAAACCUGACACCCAGUCGAACUCGUCGUGGAUAAAUCGUUUAUUGGAGUGAAGAGACAAAAUCCAGGCAUCCAUUCGAAAGGAAAAUAGAUGCUGCUUGGUGGAUGAACGUCUCCGUGGGCAAUAUUAGAGGGUUUCAUUCAUUUCACCGCAUAGCAGCGACUUUUCAGGUUGCUGGAAACUCAAGAAAGACGGCUAAAAACAGGUGACCAAGAGGGUCUCGGUCGUUGGACGACAUGGAUUCCACAAAAGCAGCAGGGGGUGUGAUAGCCUACAUCAGCUCCUCCAGCACCUCCUCCAGUCCAGAGUCAUGUCACAGCGACUGUUCCAACAGCAGCUACCAGUCCUCCUCGCCGCGAGCCCCGUCGCCCAGACAACGGCAGGGCCAGCAGAUUGACUCGGUUGCCACGGCCACCAUGGCCACUGCCGCCAUGCCCAAGACGGCCACCGGCAAGACCCGCAACCCCGCAGGCACCAAGUGUGGCAUCACAAAAAUCAACGGUCUGGUGCUGCUGUGUAAAGUGUGUGGCGAUGUGGCUUCUGGCUUCCACUAUGGCGUCCACGCCUGCGAAGGCUGCAAGGGUUUCUUCCGGCGCAGCAUCCAGCAGAACAUCCAGUAUAAGAAGUGCCUUAAGAACGAGAGCUGCCCCAUCAUGCGCAUCAACCGCAACCGCUGCCAACAGUGCCGCUUCAAGAAGUGCCUGGCGGUCGGCAUGUCCAGAGAUGCUGUGAGGUUUGGCCGCAUCCCCAAGCGCGAGAAGCAGCGCAUGUUGCUGGAGAUGCAGAGUGCCAUGAACAACAUGAUGAACAACAACAACCCCGCCGUUGCCACCCAGCUCCUCGUCAACCAACCGCUGCCACCGCCACCGGCUCCCUCGUUGCUAGGCAACCCCUCCCCCUCACUAGGCACCCCAUCGCCGGCGCCGUGUCCCGUGGUGGAGGUAGCGGCCGUGGAAGAGGCUUCACCCACUUCCUCUUCCUCUUCCUCCAACUCGUCGCCGGGCUCCUCCCCUCGCAGCAACCAAUCGGAUUCCAGCGCCGACCCGGAGCCUGAGCCCUCGUUGGCCAUGGACACCAGCCCCAGCUCGGCCUCGUCCAGCGGCACGGAGAGCGGCGAGGAGGAGGUGAUCGGCUCGGUGACGCGAGCGCACCAGGACACCUUCAUGUACAACCAGGAGGACCAGGGCAGCCCUUCGAGCCCCGCCGAGGAGUCCCAGCGCUCCCCCUCGGCCAACGAGAGCGCGCACACCCAGGGCAAGACCUUGGAGGACGAGCGGCAGCACAACCGCGACCACGACGCCUGGAACAACUACCGCAACAACAUCAACACCACGGCGACCAACCACAAUAACAGCAGCGGUAGCAACAGCAGCAGCAGGCUGGUGCCCAACAACCAGACGGAGCAGACCACCUCCCCCUCCUCCUCCUCUUCCACCUCCUUCUCAACCAUGGAGGGGCUGAGGGUGAUGGACAACAACGCGCCCAGGCAGUGCCCCAUGCAGAACAACGCGCCCAGACACUGCCCCAUGCAGAAUAACAUGCACACCGCUGCCCCCAGUGGCCAGUGCCCGGUGACGGGACACAGCAUGCCACACAGAGCACUCAGCAACAACAGCAGGGAUAUGAAUGGAUACAGAGGACCAGCGUGGAGAGGGGGCAACAGGAUGUACCUGGUGUGUCCCAUGAACACCACGCCGUACGUGGACCCCCAGAAGUCGGGCCACAGCAUCUGGGAGGACUUCUCCAUGAGCUUCACGCCGGCCGUGCGCGAGGUGGUGGAGUUCGCCAAGCGCAUCCCCGGCUUCCAAGACCUUUCCCAGCACGACCAAGUCAGCCUGCUCAAAGCCGGCACCUUUGAGGUCCUGGUGGUGCGUUUCGUGUCCCUGUUCGACUUGAAGGAGCGCACGGUGACGUUCCUGAGCGGCAAGAAGUACGCGGUGGAGGCGCUGCGCUCUAUGGGUGCCGGGGACCUGCUCAACUCCAUGCUGGACUUCAGCGAGAAGCUGCUGGUGCUGGGACUCAGUGAGGAGGAGAUGAGCCUCUUCACCGCUGUGGUGCUAGUCUCCGCAGAUCGCUCGGGGCUGGAGAACGUGAACUCCGUGGAGGCGCUCCAGGAGACCCUGAUCCGUGCGCUGAGGAGCCUGAUCACCAAGAACCACCCCAACGAGGCGGCCAUCUUCACCAAGCUGCUGCUCAAGCUGCCCGACCUGCGCUCCCUCAACAACAUGCACUCCGAGCAGCUGCUGGCCUUCAAGGUGCACCCCUGAGCACCGCUGGCCUUCAGCUAGAAGCUGGGGACCACGCCACUUGACCGCCCCUCCAGUGGACAUGUGGAGAGGAACAUGACAUUUGACAUUGACAAACCCUGGCCUUGAACCCCCUUUUUAUCUCAUGUACUUACACUGAGGACUAAAAAAUGCCUCAGGCAAACUCUUGUUAAUGAUGGUAAAGUGUAAAGGGGUGGCUUUGGUUGUUACCUCUUAAAAUGCAAGACCCAGAACAAGGAUACAGACUUGUCAUGGAGAGGAGGGAGGGGUCAAGAGAAGGACUAAGAGACUUCAAUGACACUUGUACAGCAAGGCACUGAUGCCUCCUGUCACGGUAGUCGUGCACACACCUUUAGACAUAAGCUUGAAGGUUAAUGACGUGUAUGUUUGUAAACUUUUUUUGUCCAAAUACUAUGUCUAAAUAUGUGUCUCUGUGUAUGGGGUUUGGGGUUGAUUGGUAGGUGGGGUGGGGUGGGGUGGGGUGGGGUGGGGUUGGCGGGUGGAUUGCAAGUUUUGCACUUGCCCUCUGUAGAAAACCUUUUCAAUUUUUUUGUCAUGACUUUAUAUUGCUGCAUUGCUGUUUGUGCAAUAUGUGAAAUAUUAACUUGAAUAACAACAAAUAAUUAUUUUUCACAAGGCACAUUAUAGUUCUAUUGUCGUGUUUCUUGGCGCGGCCUGUAUUUGCUACAGGCCUGAGCAGAAACGCGCAGAAACGCCGGGUGCAUCGGUGAAAAAAAUCAAUGUUCUUGUAUACAUUCAUAGGUUGAAUUGAGGUCUAGAUGGAAAACACUAUACCUCUAGGCCUGUGACCUAAGUACAUAUUGUAUUAGUGACUUUUCAAUUGGGCUCUACAGAGGAGUGUGGUUACAACUCCUCUUUAAAAUAAAACUUGAACUUAAAACGAAACCGCAACGAAUGUGAUUUGCGAGCUGCUAAAUCAGGUGUGUGGAGGUGCUAGGAACACCAUCUUCCUUUGCUUGCCUGUAAGAGAGUGGGUGAGAGAAAGAGAUAGCCACGAAUGUUCAGCCAUUAUAAUCUAAUCUUCUGUUGGCGUCUGACCACUGCAGCGAUAAGACUAUGACAGAAGUACAUGCUUGUCAGAAGCCCACUCUGGUGUGUGUGUGUGUGUGUGUGUGUGUGUGAGAGAGAGAGAGAGAAAGAGGGAGAGAGAGAGGGCGGAAGUGAGCUUGAAUGUCUGCUAUGACAUUGUUGGCUUUUUCUUGCUACUUCAAAGUCCUUCUGACCUCGUUUUCAGCUCAGAAAAUGUUCUAAUGACAACGAAAGAAAGGUUCUGUGAAAAACUUAAAUGGGAGCAAGGACAAAGCUGUCGCUGUUUGUGUCUGCCUGGUGCCCUAGACAUCGAAGCACUUGGCCAACCCGUGACCAGCACAGCAGAGCACAAAACCCUACACCACACUUAACUUACUGGUGGGACCAUGAUCAUUUUGUCUUGAAAAACGAUGAAACACAGAAAAUAUAUUGCUGGCCAGUAAAAAACAUUGCAUGACGUCUAGUCAUCUAGUCAUGUCCUGUAUACUUCUUCAUAGAGAAGCAGAGAGUGCCCUCCCCUCCACAUGGUGGUGGAGAAGGGGGUUGCAGGUCAGAGAUGCGAUUCAGAUAUCUGAACUAGGAUGGGUCGAGAGGGUCUACUUUUAUACAUUGAUUACACUCGUUCUUUUUUUUUAAACUGUAUUUUAUUUUCUUCUAUUUCCUUCUGUAGUUCGCUGAGAAGUUUUGUCAAGUGAGUGUUGCAGGUUUUUUUAGUUGAUAUUACUAUAAUUAUUAAGAUAUUCUUUUUUUUCUUUGUUGUCGAGAUCAAAAGGUUUAGUUCAUUCAUCAUGGAGUCUGUAUGUGGUUCCCACACACCACCAAUGUGCCACAGGGGAGAUGAUGGGAGAGGCAGGGGGUUCAAGUCCAAGACUGAGAUUGUGAAAGAAUGAACUGUCUGAAACUCCAUAUGACAUUGGACUCCGGGUCGGAGCAAAAAAACAAGUCUGCUUCCCCCAUCUACUCCCAUCUGAAACUUUUAGUUUAAACCUCAAGCAAAUAGAGCUUAUCUUUAAAAACAUUUUGUAGUUUUGACUUUAUUAUAUAAAGAACAGCAUGAUUGUACUAGUGACAAUUACAAUGUGAUUGUAUAGGUGGAGUCUGCUAUAUAGAGGAGGUACGAAGAGAUAAACUGUGGAUAUACUGAUUUAAGACUUUUUUUUAAAAGAUACAUUUCCUUUCUAUUUUCACCUCUGUUGGUCGUCCCUCUAAAAAAAAAAAGCUUCUGUCCAUGUGAGCAUUGUGUUGAUAUGCUGUGGUCAAUCUGUUUUCUUCUGUGAAACCAUUGCAAAAUACAUAGAUUUCUAUAUGUAUAAGUAUAUAAAUAAUAUAAAUAUCUCUCCAUCAAAAAUAAACAUAUAAAUGUUGG